GAUAUUUGCCUUUUUUUUGUUCUUGAAUUUUUCUAUUUCCCGAACCCACUUUGACCUCCGACCGCAGCACUCUUCGCAACGCGACACGCGGCAAGGUCAGGAACUCAAACCGCCACCGUCGCGUCGAGCUCCAUCGAGCUCCGUCUCGCGCCAGCUCCCGAUUAUCAACCACUCAUCAGCAACUCCAAGUUGCGACUUUCGACGCGUCUAAAAUGCCUUUCGGCGAGGACAUUUUGGACGGGGACUUGAGUCCCCCUCUGGUCCAGAGCGAUCUCAUCGGCGGCUCGGUUGAGCCUGAAUCACCUGUCGGGCAGGGCUCUGCUCCUGGCAGAGGUCUGACUGUUGUUACGCUCGAUGACCAGGCUGGGAUGAACGGCUCGGCAGCCCCUGCGCCGGAAGCGGAAUUGGACAUCGACGCAAAAGAUGAGGCCGAGGUGACCUCAACCGCGCCUGCACCUCCCUCCACCAUCAAGAAGCGCGGCAGACCGUCGCUGUCAGGCCCAGCUACUCCAGCCAAGUCUGUCUCUUCCAAGACCCCCACGUCGACCAACAGUGCGGCCGCACCGAAGAGCGCUGGCCGUAGCACCGGCAAGCGCAAGGCUGCGGAAUCCGAGCCAGAGCUGAAAGAGGCUGAGACUACCCCGGCGCGCAAGCGAGGCCGCCCUGCACGCUCUGCCGGUUCUUCCGCCAGCGCGCGACUUGCCGCCAAGGCUGCUAACAAGCCCACCCGCGGUCGUCCCAAGUCCGCUGCUCAGCCUGCUCCUAAGCCUGCUAAGAAGAGCGGGCGGGCUAAGAAGGUCACUACUAAUGACGAGGUGCCUGCCGGCGAAUACGAGGUCGAGGAGAUCGUCGAUUCGGCCAUCGAUGCUGACACCUUAGAGCACAUGUACUUAGUCAAGUGGUACGUUAAAUCCGAGCUCUUCUUUUUCCAACGAUGGUUUCGGGUACCCUUUAGCUGCUCCCCAGAGAGUUCCUUCGCUCCCGGGCUGCUCGCGAUGUCCCGGUUUAUGGAAUAGCCCACUUACGUUGUUGAACAGGAAGAACUAUCCGGCGAGCGAGAACACGU